AUUUUGGUAUGAAUUCCGUUAUCAAGAUGCUCUUAAGGAACAACAUGUGUUACCGAUGUUUGCGGUGACUUCUAUUGAAAUCGCAUUCUUGGAAACGCGGGUAAAGAAUUUUUGUGGAAAUUUCGCAUUAUUAGAAUAG